AUGUCUCCGCCCAAGAAACCCUUCCAAGUCGCCGUCGUCGGCGGCGGCAUUGCCGGCCUCACGCUGGCCAUCACAUUACAUCAUCGCGGCAUUCCCGUGACGAUCUACGAGCAGGCCUCUGCGUUCGGGGAAGUCGGCGCCGGCGUCUCCUUCGGACCCAAUGCCGUCGAAGCCAUGAAAGUCUGCCACGGCGGCAUCCACGCGGCGUUCGAGAAAGUGUGCACGCGCAAUCUGUGGCCCUCCAAGCAGAAGGUCUGGUUCGACUACCUCGACGGACACAGCAAGGGGGAGUCAUUGCGCGCCCACAACGCCAGUCGCCAGGACAUCGCGUUCACCAUCUCCAACUGCAUCGGCCAGACGGGCGUCCAUAGAGCGCAUUUCCUCGACGAGCUGAUCAAGUUGAUCCCUGGGGAUAUUGCGCGGUUUAAUAAGCGGCUGGAGCAGAUUGGGGAGCGGGGUGAUGGGAAGCUGGUGAUGAAGUUCGCGGAUGGGUCUGAGGAUGAGACGGAUUUGGUUAUUGGGUGUGAUGGGAUUAAGUCGCGCGUAAGGCAGAUCCUCGUCGGUGAGGAUCAUCCGUCGGCGAAUCCGUCGUAUACGCAUAAGUAUGCCUACCGCGGGCUGGUCCCGAUGGAUAAGGCGAUCGAGGCGAUUGGGGAGGAGUUGGCUUCGAAUGCGUGCAUGCAUAUGGGUCCUGGCGGCCACAUGUUGACGUUCCCCGUCAACCAAGGCAAGACGCUGAACAUCGUGGCCUUCCACACGAGUCCCGAGCCCUGGGCCGAGUACCCCCGGUUGACGCGCGACGGCAGCCGGGAAGAAGUGCUGCGGGAUUUCGCGGGCUACGGGCCCAACGUGAUUAAUCUGUUGAAGUUGACAGAUCCCAAGCUCAGCGUGUGGGCGAUCUUCGACCUCGGCGAGAACCCUGUUUCCACCUUCUACAAAGGCCGGGUGUGUAUUUCCGGCGACGCUGCGCAUGCCACGUCACCGCACCAUGGUGCUGGAGCGGGUUUCUGCAUCGAAGACACGGCUGUUCUGGCGGCUAUGCUGGAAGACGAUCGGGUGAGCUCGGUGCAGGAUCUCGAGGCGGUGCUGGCCACGUUUGAUAGCAGCCGACGAGAACGCACGCAAUGGCUGGUCCAGAGUAGCCGGUUUAUCGGCGACUGCUAUGAAUGGCGGGCCGAGGGGGUGGGAAGUGAUUUCAAGAAGAUCGAGGAAGCUAUCAAUUAUCGCAACGGCAUUAUUGCAAAUGUGGAUGUUAAUCAGCUGUGCGCUGAGGCUGUGAAGGAUCUAAGGGACAGGUUGGAUAGACCGGUCAAGGGGUCUCUAUAG